GUGGAAUUCACCCAACUAAAACCUUGCAAUCUGCAGCCUCCGCUCUCAGAGGCAGCGAGUGCUUGGACAGGCCCCUUCCUCAGCUCUCCAUGGCUGCGCGGACGGUGCCCCACGCCUACCCCAUGAGCUCAGAGUACGAGUUCGCCAACCCCAGCAAGAUCUACGACCAGAACUUUGGAGAAGGUGUGUCCCCAUGUGAGAUUUUAGCUCCUGCCCUGUACCACGGCUACUACAUCAGGCCUCGGAUCAACAAGCAGCUGGAUCGAGGCACCUCGGAGGUCAGCCUCAACGACCACAAGUACGAGGUGUUCCUGGACGUCUGCCACUUCCUGCCCGACGAGCUGACAGUGCGCACUGUGGACAACCUGCUGGAGGUGGUGGGGCAGCACCCCCAGAGGGCUGACCGCCACGGCUUCAUCUCCCGGGAGUUCACCAGGACCUACAUCCUCCCGCUGGACGUCGACCCCUUGCUGAUGAGAGCCACCCUGUCCCACGAUGGCAUUCUGAACAUUGUGGCACCCCGAACAGGAAAGGAAGUGAAGGCCAGGAUCAUUGAAGUGAAGAUAAUCCAGGAGCAGACAGUGGGGCAGGAAGAACAGUCUGAGGAAGAAAAAGGGAAAGAAGAGUCCUAAAGGCCCCAAAGCUGGGUUUGAGCAGGGAGGGGGGAGAGGCAGAAAAGGGAGUCACUGUGCCAGGCCUCUGUUUCUCACCAUCAGUGUUUAGAAGGGCUGGAACACAGCUGUGCAUAUGCCAGACUUCUGCUUCUUAAGGCUGAUGAUCAGAAGAAGGGGCUUGGAAAUGAAAAAAGAGGGGGACUAAAGUGUUCAUGGAAGGGACUCCAAUGCAAGUUUUUCUCCUGGGUGCCCAGUGAGCACCAUGCUCUUCUCUCACCCCACACUGCAAGGGCUGCUCUCGCCCAAUGCUCUGAGGCUGUGCACCUGCCCAUGCAAUCCCAGCACCUUGCUGGUGCUGGCCUUUGUGCAGAUGCAAUGCUGUUAAGUACCCACAGCUCUUGAAUGGAAAGAGGAAUAAAUCUGCCUCCAAGCUUCACUCAUUUGCCUUGGACUCACACUGCUCCUGCCCACAUUACUGUGCAGCAGGAAGGACGGAUGAUGCCUUAGCAGCUUGGAAUGCAAGGAGCAGAGCAGUGGAGAGUUCACUCUGAACUCGUCUGGAGAAAAGUCCCAUAAAUGAGAGAUUUGCCCCUUUAGCAGACAUGGUGAUGCUACCAGCUACAUGAGAAACGUCUUCACAGCCCUGUGACGUGGGACUGGGGAUCGGGUGUGCUGCUGUCAGCGGCAGCUGCUGCGCAGCCAGCCCCAGGGUUCAGCAGGCGUCAGGCACAAUCCUUGUCGGUGCCAAUUAAAGCAUCCAGAAUGCUGUGUCACCGGCCAAAUAUGGGGACCCUGGCACAGCUCAGUGCAGCCCUCCUAAGGAGAGAGAAAAGCUCCGAGGUCCCCAUGGACAAGCUUCCUCCUGUCAGAAUGUGGCUGCAGUCUUCUGCACUCCUCUCUGUGAGGAAGGAGGGCCAGUAAAUAAUUCAGAUGAUGCCAAAAUAAAAAUCACCUUUACAACA